AACGAAACUCAAAAAGUCAGAAGAGAGACAUCUUCACAUGGCCGAAUGAAACACUCAAACACACACAUCCAAGACAAAGAACAAUUCCUCGCCUUCUUCUCCAUUUCUUCUCUGCAACAACUUCCGUACCAAAAUACUUAAAAACCCUAACUAAUAUUAUUUCUCAACCAGGUUUCUUUAACUUUUAGUUUCCCGGUAAAAAAAUCUCUCUGUCAUGUCUUAUGUUCUUCCACGUCGUUCCUUAAUCUCCUAACAGAAUCUCUAAACUUCAUUUGCUCCUUUUCCACACAAAACUUUAUCUCUCUUUUCUAAAAACUUUGUCUCCCUCCAAAGACCAAACAAAUUGUUCUUCCUUCCUUCAACUUCAAGUAUCUCUCUUUAUUCACACGUAUAGCAUCCAAAACCAAAAUCUAUAACACUUUUUCUCAAAUUUCCCUAGAAAAUCAAACCUUUCUUCUUCUCCUUCUUCUUGAUUUCAUUAUCACAUUUCCUCGGUAAAGUUUCUUCCUUUCUAACUUUCCCGGGGAAAAAAAACAACCCUUUCUGUUAGAAAACCAUGAGAGGUCUCGCGGCUUGUUACAGUGAACACGCCAUUAAAGUAUCAGAUGCAUAUUGUUCAGGCCCAUCAAAUCAUUCCUAUAUAUCUCCGACAUUACCUCCUUCAAUUCCCGACACAGUAACCACCACUUAUAAAACCAAUCUCCCUUCUUCCGACAAACCCGUCUCUGUUUCACUCACAUGGUCGGAUAAUCUCACCGUCGUCAUCUCAACGCCGCCAAAAUCAUACUCUGUUUCUCUCAGGAAAGCAAAAGGAUCAAGAAAGUUGACUUCUUCCUCCGGUUCACUCAACGCUGAGAUCCUUUGGGAUAUAUCGGAAGCAGAGUACGAAAACAACGUACCUGAACCAACAAGAAGAUUCUUCGUCGUCGUCGUGGUGAAUUCCGAGAUUACCCUCAGAAUCGGAGACGUUGACCGCGAGCGAGACACGUCAUCAUCGUCGUGGCGAGUCUCAAAAACAGAGAGAUUCUCAGGAACUUGUUGGCUCACGACGAAAGCUCAAUUCUCCGACGUUGGAACUAAACACGAGAUUCAGAUUCAAUGCGACGGCGGCGGAGGAGGAGGAGAAGAAGGGUAUUUAUGGAAAUUGAAAAGUCCUGAAACGAUGUCGGUUUAUGUGGAUAAGAGGAGAGUGUUUUCGGUGAAGAAGCUUAAGUGGAAUUUUAGAGGGAAUCAAACGAUGUUCUUUGAUGGAAUGCUUAUAGACAUGAUGUGGGAUUUACACGACUGGUUUUAUAAAGAAACUGCGUCGUCUGUUUCGACUACUUCAUCGUCUAAAACGGCGUCGUCGUCAUCGUCUUCUUCUACUUCAUCGUCUUCUCCUCCGUGUGCUGUGUUUAUGUUUCGUAGGAGGAGUGGUUUGGAUAGUAGAUUAUGGAUUGAUGAAGAUGAAGAAGAGAGUAAGAUGAAGAAGAAGAUUGGUUCUAGAGAUGAGAAACAUUCGUUUUCUCUUAUCAUUUGUGCCUCUAAAAAGUGAGAAAAUAAAAACAAAAAAAACAUUUUAACAUAACUCUAUUUUAGAUUUUUUUAAGUUUUUGUGUUGCAAUGCAUUUAGAUUAAUGUGAUAGAUUGAUCAUCAUUUGUAAUAUGAUAAAUCAAAAUCCCCUAA